GUGAGCCACUGCGGCAGUUGCCUGCGCAUUGGUUGAAGCAGCAAGUUGAUACAAAUUGUUCGCUGGAGGAAAUCCAAUAUGGCAGUCUAAUGUCAUCAGUUACCUCUUGUCAGGAUGAUGUAGUAUUCUAUGAUGAAGAGAGUGGUUAAAUUCAACGAAGGAUCUGGAUCAGGCACACCCUUGUCUUUGUCGAACUUUGGGAACCUUGGACUUCCUUAUUGGCUCACGUCAUCUAUUGAGAAGAUGUAUUCUGUAGAUAGUCAAUCCGAAGUAGACCUCGAUCAUUCAGAGUGUUUCCAUCUGUUGCCAGGGAGAGUUGAUAUAGAGUUGAUCGUUUAUAUUCCUGAAUACGCUGAUCUAAUAGAGCAACCCCAUCAAGGAUGCAUAUGGUGUCAGGCUAGAGGGGCAGCAUCUGAAAUCACAGGGGUAGAGAGACAAACUGCGCCGUCACAGAAGGUGAGUGCGACGCAAAAGUUUUAUGAUGACCUUGAUAGCCUUAUCUUUACAACACCUGGAGAAGGAUCAACAACAGAAGCAGAAAGCCAGCCCUCUGGCGAGGAGCUGCAAGAAGGCAGAGUCCGCAUUGGUUGCACGAUCAACACUAGUCCCGGAACAAGUGAGGCUGCUAUUUACGCUGCACUUUACUUGAGGCUGAAGAAGAAUUUGAAUUCUCAAGGCGAUAGCCAAGCGAUCAAAGCAGCGAAGAUAGCAGACAUCUUGGAGCCCAAGAGGAAAUCUAGAAGAGACAUGCUCAUUAAGCUCCUGAUGAUGUCAGAGAGAGAGUUGGAAGACGUCGUUUUCAUGAGACCUCUUAACGUCAGGCUCAAUUUCAACUGCGACCUCCACCCUAAAGGAGAGCACUCAAAAGGAAAUAGUUGUAACUGAUUCAACUGUGGAAGCUCACGUUACCCUUAAGUAACCGGAUUUCAAGCUUAUCGUCUCGUUUCUGAGGUAUUUUCACCAAAAAAGUGCAUGGUUUAUAACUUUAUUCUAUAGUUAGACAGCGCCGUGGUUUUCAGCUUCAAUUCCAAGAUUGAUGGGAAUCCGGAUUGCCACUAAUUUCAAAUUUAUCCCAAAUAGUUAACUUCAAAUUACAUAAAUCAAAUACAUCCAAAGUUUGAGAAUUGUUCUUUUGUGACGAUUAUAGUUUAAUUUGAUUGGUUGUUGAAGAGGAAUAAUACUAAUGCACUAAAGGAUUCGACAAAUUCCUAUAUAAAGAAGACCAAAGUCAUACAUUUUCAUCCAAUUUUAAUUAUCUCCACAUUCAUAAAAUAAUAUAAACUCAUGUCCUCCCUUCAGGUUGAACAUGCAAGUGAUGUGAUCACAGAAGCUGAAGUUACCAGUAAAGAGGCGGCGCCGGAAAAUGCUAAACCCUUGGAUGUGGAAGACGAGGAAGAUCUGGAAGACUUGACCGAGCCAACAUACGAAGAGAAGGUUGGGAAUUCUGACGACGAAGAUGCCAAAUACUCACCGUUCAUGGAGAGGGAAGAAGAAGACGAAGAUGCCAAAUACUCACCGUUCAUGGAGAGGGAAGAAGAAGAAGACGCGCUGCCGCCUUUAAGUUACGGCGGAGGACCGGCCACCUUCGACUAUUUUAAUGAAGAUGAUGACGAGGACGACAUCGUUUAAUCAAAAUAUUCAUAUAAGCUCAACAUUAUAAGCCAAAAUAUUUAUGUAAGGAAUUUGAGUUGGCUUUCUUUGUGGAUCAUGGUGUUGUUUAGGUUAACUCUAUGGAGUAUACUAUAGGUUUUGUUUAUCCAUAUUAUUGAAUUUUAGGCUUGUUUGUUUAA